AUGGACGAUCUUGAACAACCAAGGUCUCCAUCAUUUCCUAAUAUAUAUAACAAAUAUCAGGAUCAUCCACUUAUAAUUAGUGGAUGGAAAGAUGUUGAGGCACUCUACGAUUUACCUGCUAAUGUUGUUGUUCAAGUCGGCUAUUAUGGUAACGUAAAUUUUGGAAUCACCAAAUUUAAAUGUUUGUUCGACUUGGAUGGAUUACCCCGUUUCCAUAGCAGAUUUUUUGGAAGCAAAGGCAUUAUCGUCUCCGAUCUAGGUCUAACUGUUGAAACAAGAAAGAAUUUCGCUUUCACUUCACAACGCUCUCUUCGAUUUCCACUUCCCAGCAAGGGGUUAAUGUGA